AUGGAUUAUACACGUUGUUACUAUAAAUUAUUGGAUUCACAAAUGUAUCAAAUGUUUCCAGAAAUAAUAUUGGAACGAUUAAUAAAUAAAUCAUUAAAACAUGACAAUAUAUCAUCAUCAUCAAAGGAAUUGUUUAUCAUAUUUAACAUUUUACUUUUGGCAGGAAAAGAAGACUCUAAAAUAUUUAAAAUGAUUAUUAACAAAAAAUCAUUUAAUUUUAUUGAUAAAUUAAAAAAAGUUAUUUAUCAUCAAAAAGAAGAAGAAGGAAGAGAACUACAACUUAUUACAAUAAAAUUAUUCUUUGAAAUUUGUAGUGUUCAACCUUUGUCACAAACUGAAUUAGGUAUGAUCGAUGAAUAUCUCUUAAAUCAUUUGUUAGAUUUAGUGGAGAUAACAAGAGAUGAAGAAGAUGAAACAUUCAAUUAUUCAAUUAUUCGUUUAAUUUUAUCAUUUAAUGAACAAUUCAUGUUGUCAAAAAAAUGCAAUAAUAAUAUUGUUGAGGAAGAAGAAACCUUGAAUCCUAACACAGUUAUAAGAGUUUUGAGUAAAAGGAUUGGGACAAGUGAAACAUUCGGCGAAAAUAUAAUAUUUAUGUUGAAUCGUUCAGUUAAACCACAUAUUCAGAUGCUUAUAUUAAAAUUGUUAUAUGAGAUAUUCACAACGCCAGAAACAUUUGAAUAUUUUUACACCAAUGAUUUAAGAGUAUUGAUUGAUGUGUUUAUUAGAGAACUUUAUGAUUUGCCUGAUGAAAGUGAAGCGGUUCGACACACAUAUCUUCGAGUUCUUUAUCCACUAAUUUCCAACACUCAACUAAAUAGAGAUUACUACAAACAAAAUCAAAUAUAUAAAUUAUUAUUGGAUUUGAACGGAACUUCCACAAAAAAUUUUAAGCCUGUUUCACCUACAACACAAAGAUUGGUUGAUAGAUGUUUAUUUACCGAUUAUCUAAAAGGAAUUUCACCAAACACUAAUAAUAACAAUAAUCACAAUCAUAGUAUUAGUAUUAAUAACAACAGUAGUGGUAGUAUAAAUAAUAUUAGUAGUAACGAUAUUAAGAAUUAUAAUAAAUAUUAUUACCAAAAUCAUGAAGAAGAAAUUAGACUUGUACCAACCCCCAAUGCUUUAAUGAUAGGGAUGGAUAAAUCUGAUUCAAUUGUUGUUGUAAAUAACGAUAAUAUUGUUAUUAAUAGUAUUAAUAGUAUUAAUAAUAAUAAUGUUAAUAAUGUUAAUAAUGUUGCUAGUCAUCAAGAACUUUUAUUGACUAAUUAG